UGUAUUCCCUCCUCUGCAGCCAGUCGCAACACAAGUCCCUCGAAAGAAAGACCGACAGAAAGAGCUGAACUUCAAACUUACUCAACCAGUUUUUUGUUUUUUUUUUGCUCUACCCUUGUUGUUUUAGUUGAGUCUUUUUCUGACAGACAACAUGUGCACUGGAAAAUGUUCCCGUUUCGUUGCUGUUGCUCUCUAUCCUCUGGCUCUCAUAUCCAUCAUCUGUAACAUUGUGUUGUUUUUUCCUGCCGGGGAAGUCAAAUAUGCCAAAGAUGGACACAUCACCGAGGAGGUGAAAUACAUGGGGGGACUCGUCGGAGGGGGCUUAAUGGUUCUGUUGCCAGCACUUUACAUCCACCUGACUGGGAAAAACGGCUGCUGUGGGAAUCGCUGUGGGAUGUUCUUGUCCAUUGCCUUCGCUGCAGUCGGCGUGGCCGGCGCCCUGUACAGUUUCAUCGUGGCAGUGCUCGGUUUGCAGAACGGGCCGCUCUGCAAAGUCCUCCUGAUUUGGACAGUACCUUUCAAAGACAGUGACCCGAGUUACCUGAGUGACAAAACGUGGUGGGGAUCGUGCACCGAACCCAAGAACAUCGUGGAGUUCAACAUCGGACUGUUCAGUACUCUGCUGGCCACGAGCUGUCUGCAGCUCAUUCUCUGUGCCGUUCAGAUGAUCAACGGGCUCUUUGGCUGUCUGUGUGGAACCUGUGUUGACAAAGGGCCCCUGUGAGUUCCUGACAGUCAAAUGGCGCACCCUGCUGGUAGAUGGCUGCACUUGCAUGAAAAAACAUUCUACUUCUACAGUCGCCUUCAUCAACAGCAUUUCAUAUUUGUGUGUGUGUGUAUAUCCUGAUGCUUCUGACACAGAUGACUUAAUCAACACAGAAGUCUUAGUCUUAAAUGUAUUAUCAAGAUGUGCUGUAAAAAUUAAUUAGAAAUAGUAUAUAUACACGAUACUAUACUUGGUAUAUGUUCAAUCUUUUUUUAAUAAACUUUUUAAAAAAAAAUA